CUUUCCCGGGCGCUGCGGUCACGUGGGCCGCUUUUCGCGCGAAAACUGGUUGUUCCCGGCGGAGCGGAGUGCGGUGCUGCAAUGGCGGAAUCAUCUGAGUCCUUCACGGUGGCGUCCAGCCCUGCCCCGCGUCGCCGAGGCAGUGAUCCUCUCACCUCCAGCCCUGGGCGAAGCUCUAGGCGCACGGAUGCCCUGACCUCCAGCCCCGGCCGAGACCUUCCUCCUUUUGAGGAUGAGUCAGAGGGACUGCUCGGCACGGAGGGACCCUUGGAGGAGGAGGAAGAGGAUGGAGAGGAGCUUAUCGGAGAUGGCAUGGAGAGGGACUACCGUGCCAUCCCGGAGCUCGAUGUCUAUGAGCCAGAGGGGCUGGCGCUGGACGACGAGGACGUGGAGGAGCUGACCGCCAGUCAGAGGGAGGCUGCCGAGCGGGCCAUGCGGCAGCGUGACCGGGAGGCGGGCCGGGGCCUGGGCCGCAUGCGCCGCGGGCUCUUGUACGACAGUGAUGAGGAGGAGGAGGAGCGCCCCAGCCGCAAGCGGCGCCAGGUGGAGCGGGCCACAGAGGACGGCGAGGAGGACGAGGAGAUGAUCGAGAGCAUCGAGAACCUGGAGGACCUGAAGGGCCACUCGGUGCGCGAGUGGGUGAGCAUGGCCGGCCCGCGGCUAGAGAUCCACCACCGCUUCAAGAACUUCCUGCGCACCCAUGUGGACGGCCAUGGCCACAAUGUCUUCAAGGAGCGCAUCAGCGACAUGUGCAAAGAGAACCGAGAGAGCUUGGUGGUGAACUAUGAGGACCUGGCAGCCAGGGAGCAUGUGUUGGCGUACUUCCUGCCCGAGGCACCCGCAGAGCUACUGCAGAUCUUCGACGAGGCUGCCCUGGAAGUGGUGCUGGCCAUGUACCCCAAGUACGACCGCAUUGCCAGCCACAUCCACGUGCGUAUCUCCCACCUGCCCCUGGUGGAGGAGCUGCGCUCGCUCAGGCAGCUGCACCUUAACCAGCUGAUCCGGACCAGCGGGGUGGUGACCAGUUGCACGGGCGUCCUGCCCCAGCUCAGCAUGGUCAAGUACAACUGCAACAAGUGUGGCUUCGUGCUGGGGCCUUUCUGCCAGUCCCAGAACCAGGAGGUGAAGCCGGGCUCCUGCCCUGAGUGCCAGUCAGCUGGCCCCUUUGAGGUCAACAUGGAAGAGACCAUCUACCAGAACUACCAGCGCAUCCGGAUUCAGGAGAGUCCUGGCAAGGUGGCAGCUGGCCGGCUGCCUCGCUCCAAGGACGCCAUCCUCCUGGCUGAUCUGGUGGACAGCUGCAAGCCAGGGGAUGAGAUUGAGCUGACUGGCAUCUACCACAACAACUACGAUGGGGCCCUCAACACCGCCAAUGGCUUCCCCGUCUUUGCCACUGUCAUCCUAGCCAACCAUGUGGCCAAGAAAGAUAACAAGGUCGCCGUGGGUGAGCUGACUGAUGAGGACAUGAAGAUGAUCACCAGCCUCUCCAAGGACCAGCAGAUCGGGGAGAAGAUCUUUGCCAGCAUCGCUCCUUCCAUCUAUGGGCAUGAAGACAUCAAGCGGGGCCUAGCGCUGGCUCUGUUUGGAGGGGAGCCCAAGAACCCAGGUGGCAAGCACAAGGUGCGAGGCGACAUCAACGUGCUCCUGUGUGGAGAUCCUGGCACAGCCAAGUCUCAGUUCCUCAAGUACAUCGAGAAGGUGUCCAGCAGAGCCAUCUUCACCACUGGCCAGGGGGCCUCAGCCGUAGGCCUCACGGCGUAUGUUCAGCGGCACCCUGUCAGCCGGGAGUGGACCCUGGAGGCCGGGGCCCUAGUGCUGGCAGACCGGGGAGUGUGUCUCAUCGAUGAAUUUGACAAGAUGAAUGACCAGGAUAGGACCAGCAUCCACGAGGCCAUGGAGCAGCAGAGCAUUUCCAUCUCCAAGGCCGGCAUUGUCACCUCCCUGCAGGCACGCUGUACCGUCAUUGCUGCCGCCAACCCCAUAGGUGGCCGCUAUGACCCCUCGCUCACCUUCUCAGAAAAUGUGGACCUCACAGAGCCCAUCAUUUCCCGCUUUGAUAUCCUGUGUGUGGUGAGGGACACAGUGGACCCAGUCCAGGAUGAGAUGCUGGCCCGUUUUGUGGUUGGCAGCCACGUCAGACACCACCCCAGCAACAAGGAGGAUGGGGGGCUGGGCGGCACCCCAGAGCCCUCCAUGCCCAACACGUAUGGCGUGGAGCCCCUGCCGCAGGAGGUCCUGAGGAAGUACAUCAUCUACGCCAAGGAGAAGGUCCACCCGAAGCUCAACCAGAUGGACCAGGACAAGGUGGCCAAGAUGUACAGUGACCUGAGGAAAGAGUCCAUGGCCACAGGCAGCAUCCCCAUCACAGUGCGGCACAUUGAGUCCAUGAUCCGCAUGGCUGAGGCCCACGCGCGCAUCCACCUGCGGGACUACGUGAUGGAGGACGACGUCAACAUGGCCAUCCGCGUGAUGCUGGAGAGCUUCGUGGACACACAGAAGUUCAGCGUCAUGCGCAGUAUGCGGAAGACCUUCGCCCGCUACCUGUCCUUCCGGCGGGACAACAAUGAGCUAUUGCUCUUCAUCCUGAAGCAGCUGGUCGCUGAGCAGGUGGCUUAUCAGCGCAGCCGCUUUGGGGCCCAGCAGGACACAAUUGAAGUGCCCGAGAAGGACUUGGUGGACAAGGCUCGUCAGAUCAACAUCCACAAUCUGUCUGCCUUUUACGACAGUGAGCUCUUCAGGAUGAACAAGUUCAGCCAUGAUCUGAAGCGGAAGGUGAUCCUUCAGCAGUUCUGAGCAACGGGGUUUCUGUGUGAUGCUGGCAGGUCUGCUCAGGAAACCAAGCCAGUCCUAGAGGGAAGGUGGUGUGGCUGGCCUGCAGCUGCAUGUUUCCUCACUCUCGAGUCCUGCUUGGUGAUUUCAUUUCCUCUGCUCUUGCCAUCUGGGUUACCACCUUUCCCAGAGCUGCUUUUUCAGCUGCCCGCCAGUGGCCCACCACCCACCUCCUUCUGUGGGGUGGCGUUGCAUGUGUUCAGGACACCCAGGGUCUGUUCUGGGAGAUGGGGUUCAUGAGGCAAUCUUGGCAUGACGUCUCUGUCCUGCUGCCUGUGCUGCCGUUGCCUGAAUGAAGAGCGAGGUCACUUUAUUUGCUGUGUGUUCUGAACUGGGUCCUGCGGUUCUCUAGGCUUUCCUGAGUAGAGGCAGUGUUUGGGUUCUUCACAGAGGGGACCCUGACUGGUCACAUAGCCCUGCAACCUUGGCUUCUGCCAGAGGGAAGGUUGGUUGGGGUCAGGGAUGAUGACUCGUGGUGGGGGUGAUCCCAGCAAGGCCCCUGUGUGGGGUAGUCUGUCCUCCUGCCUGGCCACUUCCCCAUGCUCUUGUUUGUACAUUCACUUCUCCUUCCUGUAGUUUUAGUUUUUAAUAAAAUGGAAUAAAAUCUAAA